AUGGCUUCUUCUAGUCUUAAAAAACUAUUUCCUUGUUUGCGUUGUGCUGUGUUGGUCGUGGAUUCUCUUCGUGCAGCAAAGACAUGUGAUUCGUGUGUAACACAAUUCACAGUGGCGACUCCGACGCAGCUAGAUUUCUCUUCCCCUGUUGUUGAUGGUGGCGGUGACUACUCCGACGAUACCUCUCCAUCUUUCUCCCGACGACGAAAACCUCCACGGAAGCCUGCCUCAAAACGUGCUGCUUCCGAAACACUAACAGAAGAAGAGACGAAGAAGAAGAAAAAGAAGAAGGUUAGGAACAACAACAACAACAACAAGUUGGCUUCUCCGAUGAGCAACCGGAUCUGGAACGAAGAAGAUGAGCUCGCUAUCUUAAAGGGGCUAGUUGAUUACCGAGCAAAGACAGGGUUCGAGACCAAAAUUGAUUGGGAUGCUUUUUAUCGUUUCGUCGGAGGUUCCAUUCAUGUGAAAGUCUCUAAGGAUCAGCUGUCGAGUAAGAUCAGGAAGUUGAAAAAGAAGUUUCUUCUUCACAUGGAGAAGAUCAAUCAAGGAAAUGAUCCGCAUUUUACUAGGUCUAGUGACUCUGAAGCUUUUGGGUUUUCAAUGAUGAUUUGGGGCCAAACUGAUGCUGAAUUUGCUAAUAUGGAUAAAGCACACCAGAGCGAGACUCAAGAGGAGAUGUUUAAGGAGGACGAGGUUGUCGCCUUAAUUGGCAAUGGGACAGCUAAAAGUGACUUUGAUGAUGGAAACGGUACUGCUGGAAAAGAGAAUGAUGGUAACAAGGACGAUGAUGAGUUGUGCGCAGUGCAGGAUGCAUUUGAGACCAUGAUGUCUCAAGGUUUAAGUGAUUAUCAGAAGAAGUUGCAUGUUAAGAAGCUGAUGAACCUCGGAACUGAGAAAAGAAGAGAGUUGAGCAAUGAAUGGAAAGCGUUAUGUGUUGAGGAAAGUAAAUUGAAUAUCAAGAAGCUUCGAUUUUCAGCAAACCUUGCAGAGGCAGCAAAUUAAAUGAUAGAUGAAAUGAAGAAAGCCACUUGCUGCAUUUGGAUUCGGAAUUGGCUUGGAUAUAAUAUCUAGUUAGUGAAUUGGUUCUUGCUUCUUUUAGUACUCAUAAACUCUUAAUGGAUGUGGUUCUUGUCUGUCUUCACAAAGCAACUGGAAUAUGUGUGCUUAGCUUCACAGGAAUUGAGUUCCUAAAUGGCUGCAAUGUGUGAGAUUUUGUGAAUCUAGUUAAAAAAAACAAAUUCUCAUUACUGGAAUGGAAUAAAAUAAA